UCAAGGUUUAACGCAAAUAAAUUAACAGAGUAUAUUUUAAAAAAGCACCCUGCCAAAAAAUCAGCAAAAAUGACAGUUUUAGUUGAACAUUAACAUUCCAAAAUUUACAACUAAUAGCCAUAAGGUAUUAUUAUUUUAUUAUUAAUAAUAAUAUCACAUAUGUAUUUGUUUUGUUUUUGGUAGAGUUUGAUUUAAUAUUUGACAAAUGGAAAAAAUGUAAUGGCUACAUCGAUAAUUCAUUAUUAUAUAUGAAAACAAUUCUGGGCCUAUUUUGAGGACCUUCGUUGACAUAUGAUUCAACAUCAAUCCAAUUUUCUAUAUUUAUUGUAGUAAAAGCAGUACAAACUGUCUACAGCAAACUUAAUAGAUUGGUUAAUGUCCAAAUUUAUUUGUAUUUUUUAUCAAUUUUCUCUUGACCAUAGUAAAUACCAUUUGUUCAAUAGAAACAUAAAAGAUGAAAUUUUAACAGAUGUCACUUUGUAUUGUAGGUGUAGUUUUCUUUUAUAUUUCAGUGAAACAGUUUUUUUCUCCUUCCAUGAUCUAAAUUAUGGAAUCCCCUUCAAGCUUUGGUACUCGUCAUUUUCAAGUUAUUCUGAUCGCUCUUGCAUUCUUUAAGAAUGAGUGGGUCAUUUUGACUGUGUCUUCCUCAACAGAUGGAAUGUAUGUGACAGGAGGUUUCAAGACUAUGCAUGAAAAAUUUUCCAGCUACAGUGAGCAAAAUCUCGAUUGGCUUAUGUGCCCGAUAUUAUUUACUGGGAGGUUGCUUGGCGCUAUUGCUCCACUUUUUUUCUGCUCAAAGUAUAUUAUUCUUGUGACAAGUCUUGUACAAUCUGUCGCUCUUAUAGCUAUACCCUUGUUGAUGACAUCACAAGAGGAUCUUUUCAAAGCCACACUUUUGGUCAUUGAAAUCGUGACCAUUUUCCAAAUUCCAGCUGCCUAUACAUUUAUGUCAAGAUGGACUCCACAUCAUGAACUUGGGAAACACAUGACAGUAUUGUCAACAGGAACAUACUUUGCUUUCUUCACAUAUGUCCAGAUCGACAGUUUCUUCCGCAUGAAUUAUAGAGUCACAUACUUUCUUGGGGGUAGCCUCACUUUGGUAUGGUGUUUUCUGUGGCUUGUUUUUAGCGCUCCAGAUCCACACAAGUGCUUUUACAUAUCCAAGGAAGAACAGCGCUACUUAUUCCACAACAUACCACAUAUUAGAAAAGUGGCUAUUAAUGUUCCAGUGCCUUUGAAAAAGAUGCUAUCUUGCCUUCCACUCUAUGGCUUCCUGCUGGUUGAUCUUUCUGUAGAGAUUUAUAAAAUCUCAGGAAGAUAUUAUAAAUUAACAAAUUCUUUUUUUAUGAAUAUACUACAUUUUCAAAAUGCAGAGGGCCCUCAAUCAAUAGCUUCAAUGUUGAUUGGCGAUUGCUUCUUCAUAAUUAUAGCAGGAGUAAUUACCGAUAGACUAAUUGAAAAGGGUGUAAACUUAAACAACACAAGAAAAUCAGUCAGCUCAAUUGCUCUGUGGGGUUCAGGGAUUGCUAUGGCAUUCCUAGGCUAUUGUACCAAUCAUGUUAAUAUCCGUGUAGCUUUCAAUGUUUCCUUUUACUUGAGGUCUUUGGCCAUUGUAGGACCCAUCACAGUGCCAUUCGAUAUAUCACAAAAUUAUGGAGGAUUUAUAAUUGGAAUAUCAAGGACUAUAUCCACCCUCCUUUUCCCUAUGGUGAACAACAUUGAGAGAGAUAUUUUACGGAGAGCAAUAAUAAAGGAAGUAUGGGAUUACUAUUCAUACGGUACAGGAGGAGCCAUUUUCGUUGCAAACACCAUUUUCCUGAUGUGUGGAGAUAUUUAUAAAAGAGAUUUUGAUACUGUUGGCUCAUACGAUUGGAGGCAUGAAUCAAUCCAUUCAUAUCCUUAACAAAAUAAUGCUCAGUGAUACAAUAAUGAGUAAAAUAUUUGGUGUUUUGUGAUUGGAAAAUUCAUCAAUAAAAAGUAAUAAAAUGAAAGAAAAA